AUGAUGAGUUGCGAGAGUAUCUCGGAGGAAAUUCCACAAGACAUGAAAAGCUCCACUCCGAACCCUCCUCGACUCGAAACACACUCUCGCUCGGAAAGAACAACAACAACAACAACUAUUUCUCAUCAGCAUCCUUCGGGAAAAUCAUCAACACAACACAAGAAACAAACUGAAUUGGAACGAUAUUUUGAAUUUGUGAAAUUGAAUGGAACAACCACGAACACCCAUCAUCAUCAUCACACGAACUCAUCUUGUGACAUCAACACUAUUGAUCCUUUUGGUAGGAGAACUACACUCUUUAAAAUUAAUUCAAAUGAUCCACUCCUGUAUUUUAACAAAUUGUGUGUCGCCAUGCAAUUUUCACAAUUACUUUCUUUAAAACUAUUUCCGAAUGCAAAAGAAAUAACUGAAAGUUUUUCAGCCUAUUACAACAUUCGAGAUUACUUGAGUUUCACAAAACGACAACACUUGUUAUCGGAUCAUAAUGUUCUUUGCUAUGUCAUUGCGGAUGGAAAUGUUCCGAGAACAGGUGCAACUAUUGCUUGUUCCACCAAUUGGCAAGUCUUCUCCAUUGAUCCAAGAAUGAAGAAAAAGUGGCAAUCUCAAUAUUGUGUGCCAUGUGAGGAAGAAGAGAAGGAAAGAACAUCCAAGAAGAAGAGCAACAUGAGUGAGUUGGUUCAACACUCUCCACACACCCUCUCCUCUUCAUCCUCUCCUAUUAUUGUACAAGAUCCUCCCUGCAGCACAUGUGUGAGUGGUCUCUCAAGUUGCUCACAAAUUCAACGAUUGUAUCCUCUCUCACAAACCACUGAUGAAUUUCUGCAGAGUGCUCUUUUUGACAAAGCACUUAAACAUCUCUCGCCGACCCUUAAUGUCAUUAUUGCUGUUCAUUCUCAUGCCGAUUUGUGGCAAUUUUAUAAGGAAAUACCCAACCCGAAAGUGUGUCUUUGCAUUCCGUGUUGUUUUCAGCCCAACAUUCCUUCGCCAAUAGCCAUCUUCAAAGAUGAAGCUCUUCAUAGUGAAAAGAAUGUGGUUUACUUGUGGUCCUCUUGA